GUCGGGGAGAGACGUGGAGGCUGAGAGUGCAAUGGCGGCGGCGGCUGCAGCCGAGGAGGCGCCCCCGGUACCGGGCGGUAACAGCAGCUGGGAUAAAGACCUAGCUGAAGCAUUGGAUGAAGGUGGCUAUGACCUGGACACACUAAGAAACAUAAUUCAAGGGCGAUGCAUACCAACAGACCAAAGGGCCAAAGUUUGGAAGAUUUCACUAAAUGUAGCAGGGAAAGUGGGCAGCUUAGGAUCAUGGGAUGGAUCUCUAGAUCUACCUGAACAGACAUUAAUACAGGACGACUGCCAAAAACUCAUUGACUAUCUUGCAGUACCAGAAGAGGAAAAGGCACAAUUACUUUCAGAUAUUGAGUCUGUGAUCACAUUCUACUGCAAAUCCCGAAAUAUCACGUACAUGCAGAGUCUUGGCUGGACUGACUUACUUAAACCUCUUAUUCCACUCCAGUUACCACGAAAUGAUUUGUAUAACUGUUUUUAUGCCAUCAUGAAUAAAUAUAUACCUCGAGAUUGUAUCCCCAAAGGUCGACCAUUCCACCUCUUCAGGCUUCUUCUGCAAUAUCAUGAACCAGAGCUUUGUUCUUUUCUUGAUACAAAGAAAAUUACUCCAGACUCCUAUGCAAUCAACUGGGCAGCAAGCCUGUUUGCUGGUUGUUGUGCAGAAGAUGUUGCCCAGCUGAUGUGGGAUGUGUAUCUACAGCAAGCAGACCCUUUCCUCAUUUUCUUUCUCAUGUUGGUCAUUCUAGUUAAUGCAAAAGAAUUUAUAUUGUCCCAAGAGGCAGAAUGUAAGGAAAACCUUAUUCGAUCUCUUGAACAUGUUCCAUGCAAUCUGGAGAUUGAAGAUAUAGAGGAUCUCUAUUCAUUGGCACUAUAUUAUUAUGCCCGAACACCUGCUUCUUUUAGAAAGGAUAACCAAAACCUAUUUGGAAGUAAUCUACUGGGCUUGAAAGAUGAUGAGAUGGAUCUGAGCCAAGCUUUAUGUUUGCCUGUUUCAGUAUCGGAGAUACUACAAGCAAAUCAACAACAAGGGGAUGGAGUUCGUUUCUUUGUAGUGGAUUGUCGACCUGCAGAACAGUACAAUGCUGGGCAUCUUUCUACAGCAUUUCAUUUGGAUUCUGACCUGAUGCUGCAGAACCCUGCAGAGUUCGCACUUUCAGUUAAGUCUCUUUUGGAAGCACAGAAACAGUCCAUAGAAUCAGGGUCAGUCGCAAGUGGUGAACAUCUGUGUUUUAUGGGAAGUGGACGAGAAGAAGAGGACAUGUAUAUGAAUAUGGUGCUGGCACAUUUUCUUCAGAAAAACAAGGAAUAUGUUAGCAUUGCCAAAGGAGGCUUUAUGGCCUUGCAGCAGCACCUUGUAGACAUAAAUGUAGAUGGUCCAGAAAAUGGCUACGGUCACUGGAUUGUUAGUACGUCCGGAUCUCGUGGAAGUAUCUCUUCUGAUGGCGACUCUCCAAAUGGUUCAGGUGAUGGAAGGGGAGUCAAGUCAUUAGUAAAUAAAAUGACUUUUGCUCUUAAAUCUAAAUCCGUGAACGUAAAAGAGAAGGUGAUCAGUUUCAUUGAGAAUACAUCUACACCAGUUGAAAGAAUGACUUUUCAAGUUCCUUGGCCAGAAAAAGUGAACCUCAAUUGGCAUGUGAGCAGUAGUGACAGGGUAGGAAAACCCUAUCGGGGAGUAAAGCCUGUCUUCAGCAUUGCAGAUGAAGAGGAGUAUGAUACAGAUGAAAUUGACAGUUCUUCUAUGUCCGAUGAUGAUCGGAAGGAGAUGGUGAAUAUUCAGACAUGGGUGAACAAGCCUGAUAUUAAAUACCACUUUCCAUGUGAUGAGGUGAAAGAAACAGGACAUAUGUUUCCAAGUCACCUUCUGGUAACAGCAACUCACAUGUACUGUUUGCGAGAAAUGCCGUCUCGGAAAGGAUUUGCUUAUAUUCAAUCGCGGCAGGCCCUGACCUCAAUGGUGAAAAUUACGUCCAAGAAAAAGCACCCAGAGCUAAUUACAUUUAAAUUUGGAAACAGUAAUGCCUCACCAGUGGAAAUAUUGGCUGUGGAAAGGUAUUUGAUACCAAAUGCAGGAGAUGCAACUAAAGCCAUAAAACAGCAGAUCAUGAAAGUCCUUGAUGCACUAGAAAGCUGAUAAACAAGAAAAAUCUCAAGAUGUUGCCUUCAAAAGCUUGAGACUGAGAACACGCAAGAUGAUGGACAUUUCUCUUUGGAUAAUUAACCCACCAGAAGUUCUGUUUCCAGCAGAACAUCAGGCGUUUGACACAACUGAUACAGAUUUGUAGGUGUUCCAUAAAAUUCUGUUAUUUGGUGCACAACAAACUGGUAAUUACCUGGGAAUUUGAACUCUGAGAACUUAAACUCCUAAACAACAAUCUGAUGUUGAAGGCAAAUUGUUUGGUGCAUUUGAAUAUUCUUAACUUAUAAUUGUUAAUACAAGUAUUUGUUUUUUUUCAAAUCGUUUGAUAUGAAAUUUCUUUAAUGGCUAACAUAUUUCCCUUAGAUUUAAUAAUCAUUGUACAAAAGUAACAAACUUUACCUUGAAUGUUUUUGUUUAUGCACCUUAAUUUGAAAAAGAAUCUUUUAAUACAAUACUGAAGGACUAAUAUUGUUUCCAACAGGCUUUUAGAAUAAAUAUGCACUUGUAGAAGGCAUAUUCAGGUCAUGCUGUCCCUGAAGAUCUAUUCCCCUGUGAAAUUUCUGUUGCAGUCUUUAUUUUGUGCCUACUUCAGUAAUAUCAUUUUCAGUAAAUUAAUGUAAAAAUAAAGUUUGGUGUUACAGUAUGCCACUUACUGCUGUUUAUGAAACACCUGUAAAUAAACUGGGAGAAUUUAAUCUUCAUUUUAGCAAUUGAUCAUCUGUCACUUAAAACUGUGUGCAGUAUAAUCCAACCCACCCAGUAUUUGCAUUCUAAAAGGGUAAUGUUAGGAAUUUCUGGUUUACAAAACACUGUCAUUUCUGAGUAUUAAUGGCUGACUUACAACAGUAUUUACAAUAAAUGUGUUUGCACAUGUUUAUUAUGAGAUUGCCCGAAGAAAUCCAGUUUUUGACUUCAUUCUGUUCAAAUUGAAUGAUAUGGCUAUUCUUCCCUGUCAUAAUUGUUUAGUGUCAACAGUUAAAUGUUUAUUGGCUUCAUCCUUCCUGCAUGCCUGCUAUAAACAUACUUUUAUUAUCUACAGAGACUGUAUUUUUAAUAAAACCAACUUGAUCCUCUUCACUUCUUCCUUACCUGUGUGAAAGUUUGUAUGAACUUUAUAAUCUCUCUAUAACUUUAUUGUAUCAGAAAUGAAUUUUUCCUCAAUGAUAUUUCACUAAUUACAGUACCUUGGUUGUUUCUGCAGUUACAACACUAUACUUUUCAAUAACUGAAUUUAAAUCCUCGGCUUCUAGAGGGAGAUAGAAAGAUUCCCUAAGACAAGAUGCUGCUGGAAACUAGUUCAGUGAAAACUGACUAGGUGACAGUUUCCUCAGUCAUAUAAAGUAGAUGAAUAGCUUUGAUAAAUAACUCGGUAGGUUUGCUAAUUAGCUGACCUGUUUGAUCAGAGCUAAGUUAGUUAGAAGCCAAGAAGCGCAAAACUAACCAAAUUUGUGGAGUUCUGGGUAUGUAAACAGUGUUUAAACAUAAGACCAAACUCAACUGUGGUGACUACAGUCACGUAGCUUGCUGUCACUCAUUUUUUCAAAUUGUAUUAUGAAAUAUCAGUGGGUGAUUAGCUGCUGUGGAGCUCUUUCCCCCCCCCCCCAGAAGGCUUCCUUCUUCUAAUGAAGAGAGUAGGCAAACAUUAUUUUUAAAAGCAAGCGUUUCUGAUAUAUAACAAAAAUUUAUGAAACUUUACUUUGCAAUGUUUGUCACUUUUUAUUUCUACAAUCUUUUAAAGUAAGACAAGAUUAACCACUGAAAUUUGGUGGUUAACUUUGAGAAGUGUGCACCCUUCUGUUCCGAUACCUUUUGCCUUCUGAUGUAAUAAUCUGAGGACUGACUGCUUCUAUGCAUAUACUAAAAUUAGAUCCUAUGCCAACAUAAUCCAUCAGUUUUGGCAAAUGUAAUAUUUGGGAAUAGCUGAUUGGUAAUCUUUUACUUGGGGUGGUGUUGAAUUGUGUAUGUAUUCACAAACCUUGACAUUGCUGAAAUAAAGUUUUCAUUAUCUGUAUCACAUGAGAAUUACUGCCAUCAUCCUAGA